GUGAAGUGUCAUCGUGACCGAGGCGGCAACAGGAUGGGAGGGGUGUGAAGUCGCGCGGCAAGCGAUUAAAACAGCAGCACAUUGAAUUCAAAGGACGAACAUCUGAUGCUGACGGCGAGAAGGGUACUAAGUGGAAAAUUGCGCAAAACCGUUACUUCGCUACACUGUGGUUAUAUGAAGGUGCCAUUGUGACUUGUGAUUUGUAGGAGAGGUAUAGAGGCGAUGGCACAGGGAUGUUAAGGGCGGCACAUUCAACAGCGUGUUGAAGACGGAGAACGCUCUUACGGGUACAAGGUUAUUCCGAAAAGACGCCAUCAUGAAGUCUCGAGCGACAUCCCUAGCAGUCACGGCUUUACUCGCCACAUGGCUGUGCGUUGAGACUAUGCCAAUAACACCGGAACUACUGCCACGAAUAACCCGGGGGUAUAUACAAAGAAGCAAGGUUCCGGUGAAUUUCGACCAUGAGAUGAUUGACUACGAAACACGUCACCAUGACAACAGGAAGUCACUUUCUUUGACCGGUGCAAUUUUGCACGAGACGCUUGAAGAGUUAGACCAACUGAUAAAAAAGGAUAUCGCAGAUAGAGUCGACGAUGAGAUUCGUCAAGGAAUAUCUCGAGAUACUGUAUUUGGUUUUCCACCCAGCGGCAGAAAUAUUUUUGAUUUUAAAGGACACGAAAGAAAAAACUUUGUACAAAGUUAUGGAAAUAGAUUUCAUGACGAAGAUGAUUAUAAUACUGAUCGAACUGAUAGGGGCGGGAAUCGGGAAUUUGAAACUGGAGAUAUUGGAGUCCGUGACACUAGAGAUAUGGUUGACAAUAGAGAUAUAAUGGCUGCAUAUAGAGAUGAUGCUGACUUUAGAGAUAGCAUGGAAAACGGAAAGAAACUUAGGCCUGAUGGUUUCAUUGAAAUCGGGGAUCUUAAACGUUAUGAUAAAGAAAAGUAUCUCAGUGGAUAUAGAGAUACCGGAACCUUAAAUAUAAUUGAGGAUGAGUUUAUGAAUGCAAAUACUGCAAAAUACGGAAUGAACAAGAAACUUAGACAACCUAUUGAAAAUCAAGACGCUGGAGUUGAUGUUGAGAAACGAGGGAGGUCGCUGUGGUGGUAUCGAAACUGCAACCGAGUUCGCCGUUGGCGGUGGAGGGAUAUCAGAGCAUUCGUGCGAUCGCGGCGGAUGUGCGGGAAACCUGCUGUGAGAGUGAGAUACGGAAUCUACGGGUGAUGCGGGUGACACUGAACAUUAGAAAUCAGCCGAAUUUCCGACUCGGCUCUGACUCCGACUCACCUUUGAGGCUCUGCAACAGAUUGAAUUACAGUCCUACAGUGACGGAAAUAUUGACAGAAGUCGUAUUCCAAGGCAGGGCUUGCCGCUCCCGACUUGGGAUACGAGUGCAUUUUUUUGUGGCUCACGCACAAUUCAAAUUACUCCAAUUCAGCCUCAAAAUGACUUCUAUCAAGUCUCAUAGCUGAAUCGGAGUCGGAGUUGUUGAUUUCGUAGAAAUUCUGCGUUCUACUACAAGCUGUUGGAUACAUUAAUUGGACUACAGCAUUUAAUGUCAACUGCACUAUUUACCUGUCAAUGGCAAUGCAUUAAGUAGUUGCAAAUGAGGCUGUUUGAUGAAUAAAAAGCAACAGUUUUUUUCUGUGUUUACUGGAUGACGAGGUAAUAUGCAGACUAUUAGUUCCAACACAGCAAAAUAAAGUUGAUACGGAUUGUGGUGGGAAUAUUUACACAGCGUAUAUGUACAGCGUUCAUUAUAUUAUGGUCCCAGUCACAGAGCAAUCUUUUUAUCACGUGCGAUGUUCAUAUUCCGAUCCGAAAACAUCGUAACUCUGGUUAGUGAAACAACUAGCCUUGACCUUGACCAACUGUACAUGUCAACUGAUGCGUAGAUAUCUGCCUCAUCACUCCCAUCCUAAGAAAUAGUUCUCAAAUUAA